GGUUUGGUAUCAAUUGAUAUUCUCUUGUCUGGCUUUUUCGAAUUCUAAUUGACACCAUUCUAACUUCGAUUUCGCAAUUAUAAUCCGGAGUCGUUUCCCUAAUUGGAAUUUUUCAAGUACUUAUAAUCGCUGAUUUCCAGUUUUUCAGAAUCCCCAUUCGGAGUAUUUCGCUUUUCAUUGAACUAUUCUGCUUUCUGGAUAUUCAAUUAACCUCAAUUGCUACUCAAUACAUAUUACGUCAUGUCUGAAGUCUACUUAGUCACCGGAGGUACUGGUUACGUUGCCGGAUUUGUACUUCUCCAGUUGUUGGAACAGGGUGCAAAGGUCAAAACCUCGAUCAGAAGUUUGGCCAAAGAAGCCCAAUUGAGAGAGUCUCUCUACUCCUCAAGUGACAAGCUCACGAAGGAAAUCGUGGAUGCCAACUUGAAGGUCUAUCAAGCUGAUUUAACCUCUGACGCUAAUUGGCCAGAGAUCUUUGAAGACGUCACCUACGUACUCCAUGUAGCAUCUCCAUUUCCCUCUUCUCCACCAAAAGAUCCUAACGAUUUGAUUAUUCCUGCUAGAGAAGGUACCUUGAGAAUCCUCGGCUAUGCUGCUGAAACCAACACUGUAAAGCACGUAGUCGUGACUUCGUCUUUCGCAGCCAUUGGCUUUGGUCAUGCUGAAGUCAAGCCACUCUACACUGAAAAGGACUGGACUGAAACGGAAAACUUGGACCGUCCUUACACCGUCUCCAAGACAUUGGCUGAAAAGGCUGCUUGGGAAUACGUUGAAGCUAAACCAGUCCAAUAUGGCUUGACUGUGAUCAACCCAGUCUUGGUUAUCGGACCUUCUUUGAAGAAGCAAGUUACCAACUCUACCUCCUUGAACAUCAUCCAGGGCUUGAUCGAUGGCUCGAAGAAAAAUGGUGUAGAUCCAUCUUCUGUCCACCUUGUUGACGUUAGAGAUGUUGCUAAGUUGCACAUCUUGGCUUUGACCACAGAAGAAGCUCUUGGUGAGAGAUUCUUGGCUGCUACUGGUAGCACCCUUACGUGGGUAGAUGCAGCUAACAUCUUGAGAUCUAGAAUCCCAGAGAAGUAUGUAGCUAACUUGCCUACAAAGGAAACUGGCCCUAGUGAAACUCCUAAGUUGAUUUCUGUUGAAAAGGCCAAGAAGACCUUCAACUGGACCCCAAUCUCUGACGAAGAGUCCUUGGUUGCCACUGUCGAAGGCAUUAUCCAAGAAGGAAAGGUCUAGUAGGACGUUUAUAACAAUUUAAAUAUGCAUAUAAUGAACAAUGUAUGUCAUAUAUUU